CGUCACUGACAGUUGCCUCAACAUAGGCGUAAGCCACACAACAAAUACUCUUUAAAAAAUAACAAGAGAUGGCGACACCGUGUCAAAAAGUUCUUGUUCCUCAGUCGUUAUUUUAGGUUGAUUUUUAGUCAACAACGUGACAAGCCACAAAUAAUUCAUCAUGGCGGACAGAGAAGAAGUCUCAUUUAAGCGAAAAGUGUUUGAAAGUGACUCAAGUGCUAGUGAAAGGGAUCCUUAUUUUGAUUCAGACGAUAGUGAAGGAGACAAAGACUAUGCUCCAACAGAUAGUGACUCUGAUUUUUUAUCAGAAAAUGAAUUAUCGACUUCUCAAGACGAUUCGCAAGAUGAUACAGUAUCAAGAGGGGUUUUACAAACACCCGAUAAAGCAACUCCAUCUCGCUGGCGAAAAAGUAAUAUUGAGUGUAGAAAGAAACAAAAGGCUAAAACUAAAAGGAACCUAGGGUACAGUUAUGAAAGCAGUAGAGGAAAAAAUGUUAUUGAUAGGAAGAUUGGUUCUCCUUGUAAGUGCAAAAGAAAGUGCAGAGAGCUAUUGCAUGGAAGGGAAGGUCACAUUUUUAAUACGUUUUGGGAUUUAGGUACAUAUAAAGAGCAAAAUAUGUAUAUAUUUGGGUCUAUAAAAGCUAUUCCUAAAAAACGCUCAUACAAAAAAAAGACAAAGAGACAAGAAUCGUCUAGAAAAGUAACAUAUCAAUAUUUUGUUAAAGUGGAUGGAGUAGACAUACAAUUAUGUAAACAGGAGUACUUAUCAGUACACGGAUUACAGAAAUCUUCUAAACGGGUUCGGCUUAUUUGCUCUCAGAUAGCAGAAGGAAGAACUGUUCCAAAAAGUGAUGAACGAGGAAAACAUCAUAAUCGAGCUAAUAGAAUACCCUUGGAGCAAGUACAGUCGGUUCAUGACCACAUCAAGGCAUUCCCAAAAUACGUAAGCCACUAUAGUCGGAAGAAAAAUCCCAACAGAAUAUACCUUAAUCAUGAUAUUUCAAUAUCUGGACUAUAUAAGGAUUUUUACCUGGACUGGUGCAAAGAGAGAAAUAUUAUGCCCGUACGAGAAGAUAGAUACAGAAGGAUUUUUUGUAACGAGUACAACAUUGGUUUUAAGUUACCAAAGAGUGACACGUGUCACACAUGCGAUUCAUUAAAUAUAUUAAUUCGGAAUGAAGAAAAUAAUAAAAAUGAGGAAGAAGUAAAGAAACUUAAAACACAGCUAGAGUUGCACCAUAGAAAGGCUGACGCAAUGCAAAAUAAUUUAAAAGAAGAAGUUAAAUCUGCCAAAGCUAAUAAUAACAAGUUAGUUAUAGCUUUUGACUUGCAGCAAACUCUUCCAACGCCAAGUCUCACUGUUGGUCCCGCAUUUUACUUACGUAAAGCUUGGACCUACAAUUUAGGUGUUCACGAUUGUGUGACUGGAAAAGGAAGUAUGUUCAUGUGGACAGAAUCCACGGCCAAGCGGGGAAGUGAAGAAAUAGCUAGUAUUAUUCUUAAAUACAUAUUCUCUAGAACAGCAACAGGUCAAAAUGAACUUGUUAUCUUCACAGACAACUGCGGAGGCCAAAAUAAAAAUUGGCUUAUAAUGUCUUUGUGGCUCCAACUUGUAAGAGAAGGUAAAUUUAAAAGUGUUGAGCAUAGAUUUCUAGUAUCAGGACACACUUACUUACCAUGCGAUAGAGAUUUUGCUCUUAUAGAGAAACAUAAGCGAUUUCUAAGACAGGUAUAUUGUCCAGAUGAUUGGUAUACAGCAGUGUUAAAAUGUAAACGAACAAAUCCAUUUGAGGUGACCAUUAUGCAACAAGAGGAUUUUUUUACAUUCAAAAAUAUCACUGUAGUGCGAAAAAAUAUUACUGAUGAAAAAGAGCCACUCAACUUUAAUAGAGUCCGAUGUUUUCGCUUUGAAUCUAACAACCCCAAUGCAAUGUUUGUGAAACACGAACUCAAUGGGCUAUUUAAGAAAGUAAAUGUUGGAAAAAGAGGAAAUAAACUGAGUGCAGUUAAUAACAUUCUCAACACUUUAAAUAGGAAAUACGAUGCACCUUUAAAACUUAAUUGCAAAAAAGUUGCCGACCUAAGGAAACUUAUGCAAUUUAUACCUCCAAUCAACCAGUCCUUCUACUUAAAUAUUUUUGAAAUUUCUGGAGAGCAAAGUAAUAAUAUAGAAACUGAAGAACCCGAGGACGACGUAGAAUGUGUAGAUGGAGAUGAAAUUUUGGAAUUUGAAGAAGAUGACUAG